GCUAAAACCUAACUUAUUUCUAUGUCUUCCCUUUUCCUUCCCUCUUCUCUUAUCUUGAAAUCUAAAAUCGUGGGUUAGGGUUUCUCUUUAUCCUCUAAAUCUAGGUUAGGAAAAGCUAAUUCUAUGGCAUCUUCCUCUAAUUCUCGAUCAUCAGGACUUGAAGCUUCUUCUGGGGUGAGGGAUUUUGGGUUGAUUGAGCACACAUACGAAGGGCGUCAGAUGUUUUGCGAGUGUGGAUUAAAGGCACCGAGGUGGACUUCAUGGAGACCAUGGAGCAUUGGUAGACGCUUUUAUGGGUGCCCAAACUUCUUGAAUGCUGAUUUGAGGUGUGCAUACUUUGUUUGGCAUGACUUUGAACUAACAAUUGAGAGAGCUACUGAGCUUUUAAAAUUGUUGAUUAACGAGAAAAAGUGUAUGAGUAACGAAAUUGCAGCUUUGAAAAGGCAAUUAAAACAAAGAAAGUUGGGUGGAACUGUACCUGUGUUAGAUGAGUCACCUGUAUUGGUUGAGUCAAGCCAUGCCACAUCAAGUGCUAACCUGCAAGAAUAUGGCCAAAGAAAUGGAGUUGAAUUGGAGGAAAUUAUACAAAAUUUUGUGUCAAGAGCUGUUGAUGAUGUGAAGAGAAAGAUGGAUGCCUCAGUUUUAGCUUCUGUCCAUUCUGAAAUUAGGAAAUUAAUCUGUACUUCUAUACUGGCUUUGGGGGUUGGGUUUGUAUUGGUUAUGUUCAUUUGGUUCUUAUUUUGAGAUCCUUGCUGUAAGGUGUAUGGGGUGUCAUAUUUUGUUUGUUUGUUGGGGGCAUGGCAUAUUAUGCUUAGUUGUAAGAACAUUUUGGUCAUGUCCUUAAUGGCAGUAAUCAAAUGUAAUUGACUUU